AUUAUCGUUUCAUUUCUCGUUGCGGACGGUUGUGCGUCGCUGCGCGCGGAAGUAAUUUUGUUGCAUUUUACAACUCUCUUCCACAACUCGUAAUCGGAAUAUUAUUUAGCUCAUUGCAUUUUGAACAUCUACUCGUAGUAGUUGUCGGCUUAAUACAAUAUUGAAUAGAAACUUACAAGUGAUGUGUCUGUAUGCAAGUAUUUAAUACACAAAAAGUGCUUAAAGCAACCAUAAAGUGAUGUUAAAAGCAUUUAUAUACAAAAAUCAGCAAAAAAAUCUCAUACAAAACGCAUACGUUGUAUUCCGUCGGUUGCGGUAGAACGAAAUCGUGUUAUUUUCAUUUACAAUUCUUAUCUAAAUGCAACACUGUGAACCAACACCAACAUAAUGCUGUUAAAAAAGAAGCGAUAUAUGUGUGAAGAGCAGGACGACGCUAUUGACAUCGUUGCUGUUGUCGAGGCAAGCAACAACAGAAACACCAACGCGAACAACAACAGCAGCAGUAGUUAUGGAUCCAACAUGGCUGAAACACGCGAAGUCAGAAUUGAAGAGCAAUUAAAAGUGAAAAUUGGUGAAGCAAAAAACCUGAGCAGUCGGAAUGCGGCGAACACAAGCUGCAGCACGCAGGGCACACGAGAUGUGUACUGCACCAUUGCCUUGGAUCAGGAGGAGAUAUGCCGGACGCCCAUCAGUGAACGCACCCUGUCGCCGUUUUUUGGCGAGGAAUAUCAGUUCAAAAUACCGCGUCGCUUUCGCUAUCUGUCCGUCUAUGUGUGGGACCGGGACAUGAAGCAGGACAAGCCAAUUGGCAAAAUAGCGAUCAAGCGCGAGGAGCUGCACAAAUACAAUCACAAGGAUCAUUGGUUCUCGCUGCGGCCGGUCGACUCCGACUCUGAGGUGCAGGGCAUGGUGCACAUUCAGGUGGCCUUCGAGGAGGUGCCACAGCUGCUAACAGAGAGCAUCGAGCAUGUCCAGCACACGCUACAGCAUCAUCCACAUCAUCAGCGGGCUCAUCUCAAUGACUACAAGGAGAACAACGAAUUGAGCAACAUCCAACGAACCGCUGCAGCUGCUUUUGCAGUCGCCAGUGGCAUGACACUUAAGACUCGCGCGGCAGGUCUGUUUGGACAUGUGCAUCACCAGCAGCAGCAGCAGCAACAGCAGCAGGCGCAACUGGCCGCAUCCUCCACGGAUCAGCUGGCCAAUUGGAAGAAUGUGCAUGCUCGUAAUGUGCGCGUGGCGAUUCGUGUGCCCGCCUGUGUGGAUCUGGCCAAGAAGCAGGGCACCUGCGAUCCGUUUGUCAUCUGCACGGCCUACUACAGCAACAAGCAGGUCAUCACGAAACGCACCAAGCAGCGCAAAAAGACCGUCGAUCCCGAGUUCGAUGAGGUCAUGUACUUCGAUCUCUCCAUUGAUUCCGAGGCGGGCAGCACGGGCACCACGAACAGCAACAAAUCCGCUGCGUCGCUUGAAUCGUCAGCGAAUAAAGCAUAUGCGAUUUAUCCUCUGGGCGGCGCUGAUCUCUGUGAGAUUGCCGUGACGCUCUGGCAUGAUGCACACGGCGCCAUGGCGGACAAGGUGUUCCUGGGCGAGGUGCGUCUGCCCAUGCUGAACAAGCAACAACAGCAGGCAGUGCAGCCAGCUGCCUGGUAUUAUCUGCAACCGCGCACCACAGCCCACAGUUGCCGCUCGUUGAAUGCGACGCCCCGGUCCUGCGCCACGCCACCUGGUACGCGACUUAGCGUGGACUCAACAAUUGGAUCGUUGCGUCUGAAUCUUAACUACACGGCAGACCAUGUAUUCCCGCUUGCCACCUAUGAUGAUUUGCUGAAUUUACUUCUGGAGUCGGUGGAUCAGCGGCCCAUUACCUUAUCCUCUGUUUACAUCCUGGGCGAGCUGGUGUCGGGAAAAACGGAAGUGGCCCAGCCUCUGGUGCGUCUCUUUACGCACACGGAACGUAUUGCGCCGAUUAUCAAGGCGCUGGCUGAUCAUGAGAUCUCCAAUCUGACGGAUCCCACGACCAUUUUCCGUGGCAACACCCUCGUCUCCAAGAUGAUGGAUGAGGCCAUGCGGCUGUCGGGUCUACACUAUCUGCACCAGACGCUACGUCCGGUACUUUCGCAAAUUGUUGCCGAGAAGAAGCCCUGCGAAAUUGAUCCCAGCAAGGUGAAGGAUCGCUCGGCCGUCGACACAAAUCUGCACAAUCUCAAGGAUUAUGUGGAGCGCGUUUUCGAGGCUAUCACCAAGAGUGCGGAGCGCUGUCCCAAGGUCCUCUGUCAGAUCUUUCACGAUCUACGCGAGUGCGCGGGCAAACACUUUCCGCGUAAUCGCGAGGUGCGCUACUCGGUGGUCUCUGGUUUCAUAUUCCUCCGAUUCUUUGCGCCCGCCAUACUGGGUCCCAAGCUCUUCGACCUGACCACGGAGCGACUGGAUGCCCAAACGAAUCGUACACUGACGCUAAUCUCUAAGACGAUACAAUCGUUGGGCAACUUGGUCAGUUCGCGGUCCUCGCAGCAGCCCUGCAAGGAGGAGUACACCGGCGAGUUGUACAAGAAGUUCUGCACGGAGAAGCAUGUGGAUGCAGUUAAGCACUUUCUCGAGGUCAUCUCCACGCCGAAUGCCUGUGAGACGCCCAGCAAACAGCUGCAAGCGCUGCCGCGAUUGCCACUGGAACCAGUAUUACUAAAGGAGGGCGAGGGCAUGAUGACCAAAUAUCCGACAUGCCGCAAACGCUUUGGACGCCAAUUUAAGCAACGUUACUUUCGCCUGACAACGCACUCGCUAAGCUAUGCCAAGUCGAAGGGCAAACAACCCAUCUGUGAUAUACCGCUUGAGGAAAUCGGAAGCGUCGAGCAAAUGAAAGACAAAAGCUUCAAAAUGCAAAACUGCUUCAAGAUCGUGCACAAAGACCGCCCGCUUAUUGUACAAACGACGAACUGCGUCGAGGAGCGCGAAUGGUUCGACCUACUACACAAGAUCUGCCUAAUGAACUCCAUCCGGAUGCAAUACUUUCAUCCCUCAGCGUUUAUCAGCGGCUUCUACAGCUGCUGCGGCCGCUCCGAUGAGAAUGCGCCCGGCUGCAAGAACGUGUCCGCCAAGGAAAUGGACUACUUUCAAAUGGAUUUGGUAACGGCGCUCGAUCCGGCUCUAGAUCUGCAGCGCAUACACACGCUCAUCAUGGCCAAUAUGAAUCUGCUGGACGCGCUGCUCGAUCCGCUCGCCUACCAUCAGCACCUGCCCCUGCCCCUGCCACAGCAUCAGCAACAACAACAGCAGCCAAACAAUCCGCUUGUGCCGCUGGCCAGCGCCCUGCAGCAGCAGUCGCCGCAGGCAUUUGUCGAGUUCAAGAAAACCAUCGAAAAGCUGCGGGACAAGGCCUACGCCAUCGACAGGGAUCAUCGCGACUACAAGCAGGACAUAACGCGGCAGCUGAAAUACGGCAGUCGGCAGGCACCGAUCGGCGAUGACAACUACUGGCACAUGAUGCGCGCCGCCGGCCAAUUGAACUUGCAGCAUCAUCACCAACAGCAGCAGCAGCAGCAGCAACAACAACAGUUGCAGCAGCAACAACAACAGUUGCAGCCCGUGCUGCCGCACAUGCAACAUGUGCGCGCUCUGCCGGCAACCACGAACAGCAGCAACAGCCACAUGAAUGUGAACGCCUACUUUAUGCACAACUUGCAGCAUCAGAAUCAGCGACUGCAGCUGCAGCAGCAGCAACAGCAUCAACAACACCAUCAGCAGCAGCAGCUGCCGCACCAGCAGCAGCAACAACAGCAACAACAGCAACAACAGCAAUAUCAGCAGCAGCAGCUGCGCAACCAGCGACACAAUAAUAACAUUAACAACAACAACAACAACAACAACAACAAUAGCUGCAGCAACGCCUCAUCGUCCAGCCCAUCGUCGACGGCAUCCAGUGUUGUGGCAGCUCCACCCAGCAGCAGCGCCGCAAACCCCGCAUCAGCUGUGGCUGUGGCAGCAACAGCUGCCGUGCUGCCGAAGCCGGCGCCGCCGAUUUAUUAGCGUUCAAGACUAUGCGUAUUCGCCAUACCCAGAGCGAUUGUUCUGACUCGGUGAAUGCGCAUAACUGUUCUACUACUGCCCCCCCACAAACACACACACACACACACUCACUUCCCCUCACCUACACUCACACACACAAGUACUUCGAAACACUUCCAACAGCAACAGAUGCGUGAAGCGUGUGCUAAUUUUAAACUAAUUUUUUUUUUUUGUACGAUUUAAAAUAUGUAGAGCUUAGAUCUUUUAAUUAACUAUUUUUAUACACAUUUAUACGGGGUAACCGAGAAGCGAAAUCUAAAUGUUUAAGCCUAUUUAUUGUUCUUUUGUAUUUAAACGACACACAAAUUUUCUACGUUUAUUUUGUGAACCCGAAUUACCCAAACAAAGAAAAAACUGAUAACUAUUUAAGCUGCUAAAAUCUUAAAAACAAACAACAAAACUCCAAAAUUGCUAAGAAUUUUUAAAAGCUAGACUCGUAAGUUGUAUUAAGCUCUAAAAUAUCUCUAAAUAUAUAUCUAUAUAUAUAUAUAUAUAUUCGUAUAUAUAUCUAUAUGAAUACGUAAGAGUAGUAGUGAAAUAAACCGUUGUAUAUAGCUAAAAGUAUGCUUAAAUUCUAUGCUACACAUAUAUACUUUGUAUUUAUAUAUAUAUAUAUAUAUAUGUAAUACAUAAACCAGUUAUGCUAGGCGUAGACAAAUUGGAACUAUCUAAAGUAAAUUAGAUAUUUAAGAUUCGUCUAGGCGAUACACACACACACACGCACGCACACAAGAUCCAAGUGUGAGUGCUACUGUUAUAUACAAAAGCUGCACACUUAUACGCUAGCAUAUGUACAUUUACAUAUACACAAGCACACACACACACGCGCAUACACAUGUAGUUAUAUAUAUUUAACUGUCAUACAGCUACACGUAUACUUACAUAUAUGUAUUUAAAGCUCUGGCACACAAACAAACAAAACAAAAACAAAGCGUUGUUAAGAACAAAUUUACUUCCAUUUUACAUACAUACAUAAAUAUUUAUUGAAUGCAUUUAAUUUCUCAUGUUAAAUUUAAAACGACAACACAAAUGAAAAACAAAAUGUAAAUUGUUAAUGCAAAAUUAUGUUUGUUAGCUUAUUAACACUUACUUCCACCGAUUUGUUUCCAAAGCUCUUCCAAUAUUGCAUAAUCGUUAUAUUUAAUAAUACAUACAAUACACAUACACAUACAUACAUACCAACUUACAUAUUUUUUGUCAAUUGCCAUAUUUAGUUUUGUUUUUCUUUUAAUAUAUACUUCAUUGCAUAAAUGUCUUCCUCUUUGAAAA